AUGUAUUUCCAUCAUACUUACUCCUCUUCUGCCUCGGAUCAUCAACAUGCUUUUAUUAAAGGCAGAAGUAUUAUGGACUAUGCCAUGAUUGCAAAUAAGUUAUCUCAUUAUGCAAAAAGACGGAAUGAAAAGUUUUUUGGAUUGAAAUUAGACUUCCACAAAGCUUCUAACAAUUUAGACUGGACUUAUUUGUAUUGUUUAUCGUCUGCCUUCUCUUCGGUUCUUGUGAACGGAAGUCCCUCUCACCUUUUUCCGCUUAAAAGGGGAGUUCGACAAGGUGAUCUGAUUUCUCCAUAUCUCUUUGUGUUAGCUGUUGAAGGUCUUAAAAGUAUCCUGCAAAAAUCUUCAGAUCUGCCGGAAAUUUUUUUGGCAGCCGCUCACCGUCAGAGACGAACUGAAGUUCGUCUCUCAAAUGAACACAGUCUGAGAGACGAACUUCAGUUCAUCUGUUUGACGAACCCGACCUGGCAGAGGUUUAAAACCAAAUUGGCUUUUUGGAAAGCUUCUAUGUUAUCGCUAGCGAGGAGGUUAGUUCUCUUGAAAUCGGUUCUUUAUAGUUUGCCCAUUUAUUUUAUGUCUUUUCUUGCUAUGCCGACUAGUGUUCAAGCUGAGAUUGAGUCAUAUAUGCAUAAAAUUUAUCUGGAAAGGUUAGAAAAUCAAAACUUAUUGUUUAAAUGGGUUUGGAAGUUGCAUUCGUCUAAGCGGAAUUCUUCGUGGUUUGGCCUUGUUUCUUCUUGCUCCUCUAUUACUAAUUGA